UUUAAACUGGCAGUAGCCCUGCAUCGUAUUCACCGAAACGGCUUUCUGCUUUGUUUUUUUAAAACAUCACAGCAAGUCUGUCUGCCGACCUUGUGUAUCGAGGAACUCGCAGUUUUCAUUUAAAUAUCUCUGUAGAUACAUUUAAGAAAUGGAGGCUCAUGCGUCAGUCAACCAGCAUCCACCUAGAAAUGGACCGCAGUCGAAUCAAAAGAGAAAUGGCAGGAGAAAGCAGCCGCAGCAUUCUGCUGAUAUAGUAUUCUCCAAAGGGGCGUCUAUUCAGACCCUGCCCUCACUUAGCAAACAGCUGAAGGGGCUCACAGAGUGUGUCAUCGGUCUUCAGUAUGUGUGGGAGUACCGCAGCCCCAGUAAAUCUGUCCCACCACACUACCAGUGCAAACUCUGUGCCGUCUCCCGUUUGCAGCAUGAUAUGCUUGCCCACGUAAAAGGCUGGAAACACAGCUUCAGAUACUUGAAAAAGGUCCACCCUGACAAGGUAACCCAUGAACAGGAAGAGGCCAUCAGAGACCCUGCUGUAAGGAAGGCAAUUAAAGAAGUUACAGCUGAGGUGGAGAAGACAGAAGGGAGGGGACAACUCAAGGUGAUUCUGAAGGAGCCCUAUGAAGUUCUUGCUUUCAAAGGACUCCGUUCUGCUGCUCCUAAAGUUAUGCCUCCACUAGCACCAGGGAUGGGAAUUAAGGGACCGCCACCCUUUGCUCCCAGGUUCUCUGAGUCGAGGUUUCCAGGGGAUUUUCCUCCUCAACGAGGUCCUCUCUCCGACUAUCCAGUGGGAGACUAUGAAGGAGCCUGGUUUCGGAGGCUUUGAUUACUCGAGCAGGCAAGAUUCCCUUGACUCUGGUAUGGAUCGAAGACCUUACCCAGAUGGGAUGGGUCAUCGCCCAGCUGGAAUUGGAGACAAUUUUGGAUCAGGUGGUGGAAAAGGUGGCUAUGGAAGGAGUGGACUACUGGAGGACCCGGGCAGAAUGUAUCCGGAUGAGUACCAGGGCCGCCAAAUGGGGAGUAGCUUGAUGAACAGACCAAUGGACAAGGCACUGGAGAGGCCAGGCUUGAUGGGAGCAGCUCCAGAAAGUAGCAGCCUUCCUAAUACACUCCUCACAUACCUGGAUACUUUCCGGAUAGAGAAUGAGAGUGAUGCACAGCUGGUGCUGAAGGUGACACAGAAACUAACAGAUGUGCUUAUGGACUACAGACUGAGGAGUGUUUCGGCGGGUUCUAGUCUGAGCAGCUUCUCAAUGAGCUCCACCGGCUUCUCCUCUACAACCCCCAAAUUGCUAAGCAGUAGCGACCGAUUCUCAAGCAGUCUCUCAGGUCCAUCCAGGUACUCUGCGGGUCCACCCAAGUAUUACAAAUGACCAUCACAAGAAGUGAUCCCUUGAUCUUCUUCUCCAUCUGUCCUAUAUGCGCAUCAGUUAUGACUACAGGAGUUGGAAACUUAAGAUUUUUUUUGUGUAUGUAUGCUUUUAGGCAUAGUUGUUUCUGUUGCUACUUAGUGGCCUUUUUUUAAUGGUUUUAUUUGUUUCAGAACAUGGGAAGAUUUAUAACUUGAAAAGUUACACAAAGUUACUUGUGCAUGUCUUCUGCAGCUUUAACUGAACAUAAGUGUAUGUCCAUUGUUAAUUUUCCAAGGCCCUGUUCUAUUAAAAGCAAUGGAGAAAAUUA